AUGCCAACACAUGGCACUGGUCUUGAAUUACGUAUUAAUCAAACGCUUCUUGAAGAUGCUCUUGCUAUUUGGCGCCAUUCAACAGAAGACAAAAGUAGUUAUCCAGCAAACUUGGCUUCCAUCAGUACGUUGGCUAUGUUUACAUUUGAUGCUGCAUGGACAUUGAUUCAAGCUCUGAACAAAUUAUCAUUUAACAAUAGUCCUGUAUUUGUCGCCACACCAUUUUGCUUCAACAGUUCAUUAACGAACAGUAACGAGUACCAUAAAAAACUCGAAACAAUUUCUUUUUCUGGGGUUUCGGGAACUGUUCAAUUUGCAAAAAAUGUUUCAAAUGAUCGUAUUGGUGGUGCUUAUUAUGUACUCUACAAUGUGCAGUCAACAGAAACAACUGAAAACGAGCCAUAUGGACACCUUAAAUAUGAACCAGUGAUGAAAUGGUUUGGAACGAAAGACAAAUGGAAAAAAUUGACUGAUUCUUUAACGAUUGACAUCGUUUGGCCCCAGGAUUCCAAAGACGUACCAAGUGAUCAUCCAACAAUUCGAGGUAAAACUAGGGGUGGCACUUUAACUUUAAACUUUAAAAGUUAA